AUGGCUGACGGACGGAAUGAGGCCCGUGCCAUGCGCAUCCUCGAGAUUAUGAACGAUUUCCGGACGUUGCAGAUUCAUAUCUCGUCGCUCAUGACACGGACCGCAGCGAACCCUCCGGACCAACAAUCACACUAUCUCGAUGGUUAUGUGGUGUUGAGACAAUGUGCCGCGGAAUCACAAGCGAUUCUAGCCACCAACUACAGCCCAAGCAAUAUCGGGCUUCAGGCUGGACACGUCCCCGAGACAGAAGUCCAAAAAGCGACACUGCAGAGGAUUAUUCUUGACGCAUCUACAAGACGAUUUCAAGCGCACAAAAUUUACCUCCGAGCAUCAGCCGCGAUGAGAUGGAUACAGACGCGCACACAAUUAUUGAGAGGAGAAAAGCCAGGACCUGGACACGCCAACGGGCUUCGAGCAAUUGACCAGAGACUUCGACAGGAACUCGAGCAGAUCACCGAUGUACAUGUUGUCAAUGACCUUCGCAACGCUGAUCGUCGAAAGGGAUACUGGCUUGAUGAGGAUCCUGUAUUGGAACGCAUGCUGGCAUGGAUUCGAAGACAGAGAUGA